GAGGCGAGCAGUCAUCGAGAGCCAGUGAACAAGUCUGCUGAGGAUCCAGGGAGAGGGCCAGAUAGACUGGGCGUGCAUGUGAUGAGAGCAAGGGACAGACCCUCCAGUCUCCGCGAGCCCCCCUACUGCUGCAUGUGUGAGCGUGUGUGCCUGUCUAUGUGUGUGUGAGAGAGGGGGAGACCCAAGGAAGAACAGAAGGAGACCGAAAGGAACCAGGAAAGUAGACCAACAAAUCCCACCAUGCUGUGCUGUAUGAGAAGAACAAAACAGGUGGAAAAAAACGAGGAUGGCGACCAAAAAAUCGAACAAGAUGCAAAUAAGCCAGAGGACAAAGCCCAUAAAGCAGCCACCAAAAUCCAGGCCAGCUUCCGUGGACAUAUAAUCCGGAAAAAACUGAAGGGCGACAAGAAGGGAGAUGAGAACACUGGAGAACCCGUGGAGAACCACAAAGAAGACGCCAAGGAGGAUGCCGAAAAGACAGACAACGACGUCCCAAAAACGGUGGAACCCACCAGUGAUGGACCUUUGUCUGAAGACGAUAAGAAAAAGGCCGAUAGUUCCUCGGAAGAUAAAAAGCAAGAGGCGGGAUCUGAGGAAGGCGCCAAAAACACGGAAAAAUCCCCAUCGGAGGAGAAGCAAAUGAAGUCAGAGGCAAAGGGCACAAGCGACUCCUCGGGUCAGGACCAAGCAAAGGAUGAGCCCAAAAAAGCCGAUGUGCCUGCCGCCAGUCCAGAAGCCGCCCCGGCAAAAGAACAACCCACAGGGGACAGCAGUCAAGAUGACGGCAAGAAAGGAGAUGACGUAGAAGGAACUAAACCUAGUGAAAGUGCCCAACAAGAAGAGGCGGCCAGUGAAGAGCCCAAGGCGGACCAAGAAAAUGCCUGAACCCAUGGGACCCCCUGUUACUCUCCUCUCGGACUCCAUUGUUCUACCCUUCCGGCUCCUCCUUCCGCUCCUCCUCCUCCUCACGUGGGUUCCUCCACCUCACUCCUCCCUUCUUCUCUCUCUGUGUGGCAGAACAUGUAAAAGCAGGAAAGUUUCAGUCAAACAGUGUGGCUUAAACAUUUUAAGUGUUUCUUGGUGUUGUUAUGGCAAGUUUUCCAGUACGGUCCAAUCCGGUUCAUUUUGGCCGUUCCUUUCGCACUGUAUCCGGUUUAUUUCCAGCUCCCCCGCUCUCCUAUCUUUCUCUCUGUUACACCGUGUGCAAUGUUCCGUUACUCUAUGGGUUACAAAUCAAUCCGGCCAAUUUCAAAAAAAGGUGUCUCUAAGUUUGUCUUUCAAAUUUUUUUAUUUAAUUUUUUUUUUUUAAAGUAAAUUUAUUAUUAUUAUUUUUUUAUCUCUUGUUCCUCUUCAAUGUGAUGGAAUGAACUUAUCAGAAAAAAAAAAUAAUCAGCCCUCCUUAAGGUUUGUUUUCCAAAAAUAAAGCGAUGUGCCAACUAGCGUAUAUAUAUAUCCGGCAGUCACCCUGUGUGUUUUUCUUGUCCGGCUCACUGUCUUUGACUUUGACUCCUCGGGAGAUCGGAGAUGUCUGCCGAUGUUUUCUAUCGUAACUUCAGAUGUUAGUCCUAUGUGUUGUGAAUGAGGAACACAGUCCGUCGCCAGGCGUUGAGAAUGUAUGGUCUGAUUUUGGCAAACACAGAGGUAAUAAAUAGUUUGAUCUCAAGUU